UUCGAUGUCCCCCUUGCUAUUUUAUAUUUUCCCCAAGUCGUGUAUUGAUAUCUUUACUAGUUCCCGAGAUAUCCCGGCUGAUAGUUUUCAAAUUGACACUCUAUAUAUACGUCAUGUGAGACGUGUCUUGAAAAAAUAUGAAACAUAACGCGAGCGCAAAUAAUAUAUUAUAUAAUAUUUUAAAGUUAAUUUUAUAAAUAUAUACAAAAUCAACGUAUAUAUUUUCGAACGAGCAUAAUAAUAUGAAUUUCUACUUCGUAUAAAGCAGAAAGUGAUAUAUUACAUGAGAUCUAAUAUGCAAUAAAUGUAAAUAUUAUAUAAGAUAAUAUAAAAAGCAUGCAUGUGUGUUUUAAUUAAAAACAACAAUUAUUCAGUCUCGCUUGUUUUUCAAAUGUAGAAAGCUCUGAAUCACUGUUCCGUACCUUAUAUUUUGACAGCAAUAGUUUUAUAGCUAAUUUGACAGUACACGUAAAGCGGAUCGACUUUGUUCCUUUAGAAAGUCCUUCCACGAGCGCACGCACAGGAAUGAAGCACAUGAAACUGCGUGACUUGAAAACAGAGCGAUUGCGCUUGCGCGACUUCGAUCUGAAGGGUACGUGAUGGAUGUGUUUUAUUGUGUGAAAUACUUAUUUAUUAAAUUUCCUUCCAUGUAAAAUUGAUCCUCUAAUCGCUUCUCCUCACAAAAUUUUUAGAUUAUAGGAGCUUUGUUUCCAUAAUAUUUUCUGCAAUUUGGCAUUUAUCAUGACUUAAAUAAUUUAUGACAGAAUUUAUUCUAAAGAAGCGUAAGAGUUCAAGAAUACUUAAUUUGAAGAACAAAAAAGAGAGAAUAGAGGUGAGUCUUUAUUAAUUUCUCCGCAGUCCAGUUUCUAUACUCGCAUAGUAUGAUCUGCAUUGAAACUCAACAUUUUCAUCUCAAUCGGAUCCUCUUACUUGCGAUCGGCUUAUGGCCCUAUCAGAUAUCAAAAUUCGUUCGGCUUCAAAUAAUCUUGUUUUCUGGUAUUCUAACAAGCUUUGUUAUAUUCCAGCUCACAGCACUUAUAACUACAGAGUGCACACCUGAGUUUAUCAUCAAAGUUUUUUCUACCGCAAUGUUUUUUAGUAUUUAUGUGAUUAAAUACAAUUCUUUUUGGGUAAAUGCUCAUAAUGUAAAAUAUUUAUUGGAGCAACUUCAAGAUAUUUGUAACCAAUUAAAAGACAAAAAUGAAAUUGCUAUUAUUGAAAAGUAUGGAAAUAACGCGAAAUAUUUUACAACUAUAUCGAUCGUUAUGUGCGGUGCAUUUAUUGCCAUUUUACUGCCAAUUUGGCCACACAUUCUUGAUACUGAUUUGCAUAUAAAUGAAUCUCAGCCACGACAAAGAGUGCAAAUCGUGACUGAGUAUUUUGUCAAUCAAGAAAAAUAUUUCUAUUUAAUUUUAUUACAUAAAAACGCAGUUAUUUGUAUUGGGGCCACUACCUUGACAGGGACGGGAACGAUGCUUGUAGGAUAUAUUAUAUGCGCAUGUGGAAUGUUUAAAAUUGCGAGUUAUCGCAUCGAACAAGCAAUGACCUCUCAAGUACUCAAAAAUAUUAAUCUGGAAAAUCAGACUAUGAUUUAUAAAGAAAUAAUUGAUGCUGUCGAUAUCCAUCGCAAGGCUAUAAAGUUUUGUGAAUUUUUAUCGUCUACUUUUCAAGGCUCUUUCUUCUUAUUAAUAAUAAUUGGUGUAAUUUCUUUAAGCCUGAAUAUUUAUGGAAUUUUUCAAAAUAUAUCGCUUGACAAUAAGGAAGCAUUUUUAUUACAUCUGUUAUUUGUAUCUGUCAUCCUUUUAUAUAUGUUUGUAGCUAACUAUGCCGGGCAAGAAAUUACAAAUCACAACAAUCACGUAUAUUCCAUAACGUACAAUAGUCGGUGGUAUAAUGCCCCAUUACAGGCACAGAAGCUGAUACUCUUUAUAUUGUUAAACGGUAGCCGAACUUACAAUCUCAAUAUCGGCGGAGUGAUUGUGGCAUCUUUGGAGUGUUUCGCCACGCUAACAAAAGCAUCGAUGUCCUACUUCACCGUAAUGUAUUCUAUGCAGCAGUAA